CAAUUUCUAGCUAGCUAUCUAAACUUAAUGAGCUAUUUCUAGUUCCUACAUCCGUCGGUUAUACGAGACAAUAAGGAUCUAUAUCUCAUCUCCUUCACUUGCAGACCAAAAAGAAGAGAUCUUUGGCUAUAAUCCUCCGGAAAAAAUCAUCGGAAUGGCGGAAACAAUCGAAAGUCCUACUGUUGCCACAAAGAGGUGUGCAGUUGUUACAGGAGCCAAUAAAGGGAUUGGACUGGAGAUCUGUCGACAGUUAGCAUCUAAAGGUGUACUGGUGGUGUUAACAGCUAGAGAUGAGAAGAAGGGUCUCCAGGCUGUUGAAAAUCUCAAAGCCACCGGACUCUGUAAUGUGAUUUUUCAUCAGCUAGAUGUGAUGGACCCCUCUAGUAUUGCUUCUCUGGGAGAUUUUGUCAAAUCCCAUUUUGGGAAGCUUGAUAUCUUGGUAACAUUAUUUUAUUGGAACCAACGCUUUACAACAUGAAUGUAUCUGUUUUUGUUUUCAAAGGCAAAGAUAAGAUGGUUUUGUUUCAAAUUAAA